UACCUUUCACCCACACUUCUCUCUCUCUCUCUCUCUCUCUCUCUUAUCUGACAUCUCCAAAGCUUCCACCGGCGGAGUCAUCCAAAGAGCAAAAGACUGGGGAAAAGCCAAUAAAAGCCCAUCUAUCCAAAACCCACAAAAACCUUAAAAUCAUCUCUAAUGCCCAUUUGAGCUUUUUCUCCAUGUCCUUUAUGUCUCUCUCUCUCUGAAAAAAAAAAAAAAAAAAGACGAAAGAAAACAAGGGAUGGUAUUUAGGAUUCAUCACCCUCUGCAAAGCACACUCUCUCUCUCUCUCUCUAACAUUUAAUGCUUUCUCAGACUCGUCAUAAUCAUCAUCAUCUCCUCAUGUCUUUUUUACUGCCGUUGAUCACACACUCUCACCUUUCUUUGUCUCGUUUCCUCCGCCAUUUUUAAUUACACUUUUUUUCCUCUCUCUCUCCGCUCAGAUGCCAAUGCCCUGAGACUAAACGACAACAAAAACACAAACAACUGAGGUCAUUUUAUUCUCGCGUUUCAUGGCAACAACAACAACCACUAAAACAACAAAAGCUCACUUUAAUAAUAAUAAUAAUAAAGCCCAAACCCAACACGCCAAGCCCAAACGCCGUAAGUGCAGAGGAACCACGAUCUCCACCGCCGCCGCCGAAUUCUCCUGCCACGUCAGCCACCCGACAGUCGUCUCCACCGACAACACGUGGUGCUUCCCCGCCGCCAAGCCCGCCGUCCCGCCUCCUCCGCCUCCGCCGCCGUCACCACCCACGCUGCCACGUCAGCGAGUCCAGACGGUCACGACGGCGUCGUAUCAGUCCCCGUCUCCGUGCUCGUCGCCGUCGACUUUCAGGAUCCGGUUCUCCCCCGGCAGCCUCUCUCCGGUCAUGGACUUCACCACCGCCGUCAACGGCGCCGGCAGCGGAAAUGGACACGGAAGCUCCGGAGGGCACCACAGCCACAACCAGAACGAUUCGACCUCCAGCAAGUCCACCCCCGUCCUCCCCGCCGGGCUGCUGACCCCAAUGUCGCCGCCGCCGCCGACGGACAAGACCCGAUCGAGUCCGACGCUGUUCGAGAUGAUGGCGAGCGAGCCCGAUGUCCAUCCGCGGACUCAGAUCGAAUCGACCAACGUCGCUCUCACCUCGCAGAGAAACCCUAGCGGCGUCUUAUUGACGGUCCAGGACAAGCAGGCCAUGGCGAUGCAGCGGAUUUCGGAGAUUCUCAGCUCCCGGAGCCCGGGGAACCAGUUCAACGACUCGUCGUCGAGCGACAUCAAGCUUACGCUCAGCUCCAGGGACGGAAUCAGCGUCUCGAUGAACGUUCACCGCCAGAUUCUGGUCGCACACAGCCGGUUCUUCGCCGUGAAGCUCUCCGAUCGGUGGGCGAAGCAGCAGCGGUGGGCGGCGGGCAAUACGGGGUCGUCGGCGUCGCCGCACAUUGUGGAGAUCGCGGAUUGCGAGGAUGUGGAGGUUUACAUUGAGACUCUGAGAUUGAUGUAUUGCAAGGAUCUGAAGAAGAAGCUAAUGAAGGAGGAUGUUCCCAAAGUUCUUGGCAUUUUGAAGGUUUCGGCUGCAAUUGGGUUUGAUGCCGGGGUCAUGUCUUGUUUGGAGUACUUAGAAGCUGCACCAUGGGCCGAGGAUGAAGAAGAGAAGGUGGCAUCGCUUUUGUCAGAGCUCCGGCUUGAAGGCGUUGGAGUGGGGGAAGUUCUGAAAAGGGUUUCAAUUGAAGUAGCUAAUAAUGGGGCUGAAGAGGGAAAUGAAAAUGAGGAGGUGCUUCUCAAGCUUUUACAUGUAGUUCUUGAGGGCAAAGAUGAGAAGGCGAGGAGGGAGAUGAAGGGAUUGGUGUUGAAGAUGCUUCGCGAGAAUGCAUCGCAUAAUGAUCUCAGGAAAGAGUCUUUGUACUCGGCUUGUGAAGGGUGCUUGAAGUUGCUCCGACAACAUUUUCUGCGAGCAGCAGAAUCAGACCUCAAAGAUGUGGGUCAGAUUGCAAGGCAAGCGGAUAAUUUGCAUUGGAUUCUUGAUAUCUUGAUUGAUAGGCAGAUAGCUGAGGAUUUCUUGAAAACGUGGGCGUCCCAAACUGAACUCGCUGAGGCACAUUUAAAAGUGCCUGCAAUUCAUAGGUAUGAGGUUAGCAGGGUUACAGCACGCCUGUUUGUUGGCAUUGGGAAAGGGCAGCUAUUGGCAUCUAAAGAUGUGAGAGGCUUGCUUUUGCGUACAUGGUUGGUGCCAUUUUAUGAUGACUUUGGGUGGAUGAGAAGGGCGUCGAGAGGGCUUGAUCGACAUUUGAUUGAGGAUGGUCUUAGCAACACAAUUCUUACUCUUCCGUUAGCUUGGCAACAAGAUAUUUUGCUUGCUUGGUUUAAUCGGUUCUUGAACUCCGGUGAAGAUUGCCCGAACAUACAAAGAGGGUUUGAAGUUUGGUGGAGAAGGGCCUUUUGGAGACGUAGUGGGGAGCAGGAAAGGACACGAUCUUUACGAAUUACAACUGCUACAAUUGAGAACUCGUAGAAGUUUAUAGUUCCACGAUUGCAGGAAAGAAGGCACUUUCAUGGUUUCGAAGAAAAAGCAAAGGGUACAGUGUUGGGUGAAUAAUUUAGAAAGGAGUUCCAAGGUGAAGAUGCAAAGAAUAGCGGUAGUUUUCACUUGUAUUUAAUCAAAACCCCAACACAACUUCAACACAUUUCGGCUUACGUGUGUUAUUUGAUUGUAGAGAAAUUAUGUCAAAGAUGGUAAGAACGUUUUCUUAUGAUUGUUCUAAUGUAAUUCUUUUUUCUUUUCUUUUUGCGGGAUUUGUACAAGAGGAAAAGGAAUAAUAUCUCUGGCGAUUUCUUGUUGAAA